AUGGCGGAUUCCCAAGUAUUGCCCGAAACCCAAUUAGCAUCUGAGAUCAAUGAUCAGCCCAAACAAAAACACAUCAUCACUUUCAUGGAUGCUAAAUGGUACAAUGCUGCAGCUGAAGGCCAAAUCAACAAAUUCAAAGAUUACACAGAGCCGCUGGAUCUUUUGCGUACCCCAAACAAAAGUACAAUUCUACAUGUUUACAUCACAUCAAUACAAAAUGAAACGGAAGAAUCCAUUGAAUUUGUGAAACUUGUUAUCACCAAGUGUCCGUCGCUGCUAGUUGAGCCCAAUAUCAGAGAUUUGACAAGAAAAUUAUUGAAUAAAAACAGCAGUCUGACCAGAGAACAAGACGAAGAAGGAUGGACUCCGCUGCAUUAUGCUUCCUACUUCAAUCUUCUUCCAAUUGUGGAAAUGUUACUAGAAGAUGAUAAUAAAUCUGCUGCCUAUAUUAGCGAGAAAGAUGGAAAGACACCACUUCAUCUUGCGAUUCUCAACGGCGAUAGCCAUUUAAAGGUGGUGGAAAAAAUUAUGUCGGACUGCCCAGAUUGCUGCGACCUGGCUGACAAUAGAGGCCGGAAUGUUCUCCAUUUUGCUGUGGAAAGCGGCAGUUUUAAAGGAGUGCAAAUUAUUACUGAAAAACCUUCCCUGGCCAACCUAAUUAAUCAGAAAGAUAAAGAAGGGAACACUCCGGUCCAUCUAGUCGCUGCUCUUGGCUUUGAAGAUUGUUGUCUUACAGGACACCACCUUGUUGAUAAAAUGGCAGCCAAUAAUGAAAAUUUAACCGCUCUGGACGUGGUGCUAGAAACGAAGCAUAAAAGCAAACUGCCAUUACCGGGAUUGACAGCAAGAUUCUUAAAGAACGCUGGAUAUAAACGAGGUCGGCCUGUAAUCCUGCUGAAAUCACCUGAUAGCAUGUCAAUAGUUGACAAUGAGUUAAUCCGUUUCACCGUACCUGGCUGUUAUAGUGGUAUCGAUGGCCCUGACGAAGGAACAGCAAUUUUAACCAGAAGAUUAGCCUUCAAAACUUUCAUUGUAACCGAUACCCUUGCGUUGGCCCUCUCCAUUUCUGUUGUGCUUAUCCACUUCUUAUUGGCAUUGCAACCAACCAACAGAAAGAUCUUUUUUCUAUUCACUUGGGCAUUUAUUGUCACUGUUGCUGCUAUGGAAUUAAUGGUGGUGGCGUUCAUGACAGAAUUUGAUAAAUCUACUGCCUAUAUUGGUGAGAAAGAUGGAAAGACACCUCUUCAUCUUGCGAUUGUCCGCGGCGGUAGCCAUUUAAAGGUGGUGAAAAAAAUUAUGUCAGACUGCCCAGAUUGCUGCGACCUGACUGACAAAAGUGGACGGAACGCUCUCCAUUUUGCUGUAAAAAGCAAGAGUUUUAGAGGAGUGAAAACUAUUAUUGAAAAACCUUCCCUGGCCAAUCUAAUUAAUCAGAAAGACAUUGGUGGGAACACUCCGGUCCAUCUACUCGCUGCUUUUGGCUCUCCUGGUCUUUCUGAUUUUAGAACAAGAAAACCACGGAUGGUUGGAUAUAAACGAGGUCGUCAUUCAAAACUGCUCAGAACACUUGGUAUCAUGUCAAGACUCGACAGUGUGCCUCUAAGUGAUCUCCGAAAGGCAAGUGAAUCCUAUAACGUAGUUGCCACCCUCAUGGCAACAGUAACUUUUGCGGCGGGUUUCACCUUACCUGGUGGUUUCAGUGAUCACGAUGGUCCUGACGAAGGAACAGCAAUUUUAAGUAGAAAAGCAGCCUUCAAAAUUUUCCUUAUAACUGAUGCCCUUGCGUUUUCCAUCUCCAUUGCUGUUGUGUUUAUCAAUUCCUCAUUGACAUUUUUCCAUCCAAAGAGGAGAAACUACUAUACGAUAUUCUUUGCGGUCACUUUUUACACUGUUUUUGCCAUGGCAUUAAUGGCGGUGGCAUUCAUGACAGGUGUGUAUGCAGUGAUACCACAUUCCUCGUCAGGUCUUGGGGCUGCCAUUUGCGUCAUCAUAAGUUAG